GCUGCGCUUUGCGGGAGUUUACUUUCAGUUUGAGAACUGGCUGCGGGCUCCGGAAAAGCUGGAAGAUGUCUCGCUUGAUGAACUGCAUCGUCGCUGUUUGCCCCAACAUGGGGAUCGGCAAAGACGGAAACUUCCCCUGGUACCCGGUCAGAUUGAACAAAGAACUCAAAUAUUUUCAGAAGACGACCACCACGCCAUCAGUAGAAGGGAAAAUCAAUGCUGUCAUAAUGGGAAGGAAAACCUGGUUCUCUAUUCCUGAGAAGUUUAGGCCGCUUAAAGACCGGAUAAAUAUUGUACUAAGCAGAGAACUGAAGGAGCUGCCGAAAGGAGUGAAUUACCUAGCACGUGAUCUGGAGUCAGCACUUGUUCACCUGGAUUCACCAGAGCUGCAGGACAAAGUGGAUCUUGUGUGGAUAAUAGGUGGGAGCAGCCUCUACAAGGAGGCCAUGGGAAGUCCAAUGUCACAUCGGCUUUUUGUGACCCGUGUCCUUCAGGACUUUGAAAGUGAUACCUUCUUACCGGAGAUCGACUUAAAUCAGUUCAAACUCCUUCCUAAAUUCCCUGAUGUUCCUGCUGAUGUUCAGGAAGACAAUGGGAUCCAAUAUAAAUUUGAGGUGUAUGAAAGGAUUGCACAAGCAUAGCUAAAGAAAUUCUAGACACGUGGAUUUUUAAAUUUUGUUUUUGAAAUGUCUAAAGCUUGAACUAUGUGAUCUGGCCUUCACAAUGGAAUGUAUUUAUAAGGAAGAAUCUCAAUCAAGAAAUUAAUUAAUCAUUCUGAAGAGCACUGUGGUAAUGAAGACCAUCAUCAGAUCCCAUACCACGAACAUCUUGGGGAGGCACUAUAUGAAACUCCCUUGAUCCAGGUGUGGCUCAACUAACACUGACAGCUCAACACCAAGCACCAGACCUCCAAGGUCAGCAGGAACACUGGGAUAUCACUUCAAGUUCCAAUGGGUCAGAUUAAAUUUCAUCCCUAGUUUAGGAAGCAAACCUUUGAAAUAUUUGGGAAUAUGGCAGCCAUGGUUAGUAAAUGAGCUAUUGUGCUAUUAAAUGUGUUUUGCAAAAUUAGUUACUGAAUGUAAUUUAUCGGGCAAAUCAUUGAUGAUAAAGACAUUGGAGGCCUCU